AUGGAUCUGGUUGCAAAGGAUGGAUCCCCCACCAGUACCUUAUCCGACAUCGCGAGCUGGAUCGCUGGCAAGGGUCCCGGGAUCAUUAUCAAGCAGUUCAUUGCUGAUGUCGCGCCUCAGUGGAGGAAGGCCGGUCACCGCGGAGCUGUCAAGCUUCUCAACUUGGAACAGAUCAAGUCGCAUUUGACAGCUGUUCAAGACAAGUGGGUCGACCCGAUCAAUUACGCCACAAAAGGAUACAUCCUGCGUGAUUCCAUUCGCACGGACGGAUUCCAGCUUCAACUUCCCGCCUACAAGCUCUGUGAGCUACAAUCAGUACGGUACCGUCGGCUGGAACCUGCAAAGCUGCCACCCAAGUUGACGUCUACGGUUGGAGGCACAGAUUACUAUCUCCAGGGAAUCCGGGGUGUGAUAACCUGCAAGGAGGGUAUCGAGGAGCUUUGGCCAGGUGUCACUGUCGACAGGAUCAAGACUUUGACGUUGGACGGUGGACAAGUAUGCAUUGUUAAUGCCUUCACGGAACUUUCAGAGGCCGUGUUGAGCCAGGCUAAGGGCAAGGAGAAUGCGAGCGAGUCAUCUAUGGAGGACGUCACCACCACCACCACCGUCGCCAGUACCAUCGCCGCCGACAAUCAGCAAUCGAUUAAUGCGACUACCUCCGCAUCGACCAAAAGGUUACCCGCCUUCUCGUCCAGGAUAAAAUCUCUGAACCUGGCUGUCAAGCAGAAAUCCGUUUACCAACCUACGUUCAGAUUCCGGCGCUGGCUUGAGGACGCAAAGCAAGAGCAGGUCUCUGUGGAUAGACAACAGGUAUCGAUAUCUGACAUCAAGUCUCGACUUCCGCCCCUCAAAGGCCAAGGCUCGAGCGUGAUCAACUAUGUCCAGAAGCUGGAGCGGGUGGGGAGUGUCUCCAGGAGUUUUAUACUGGCUCGGGAAAUCUGUACAAGCGGCACAAGUGGGACAUGGAGAGGACCCGCGAUUAUGAGUAUCGGCUUAUCGCAAAUCGCCUCCUUGGGAUCGUGGGAGGAAGCCUUGGCAGGCGAUAUGACCCAUCAAAUCCUGUUCUCAUUGGCGUCGGGCUACAACCCUGCUCAAUUGUACCAGUCGAUCGUCGCCAAAGUCGCUCCCAACAGACGUCGCAGACUCGAUGUCCUCGGAACAUGCUACCGUGUCAUUCGCAACAGUUACUCCAACAAUCCUCCAGAUGUCGCGCACCGUAUGCUCGAGAAGGAAGUGAGCCGUCGCUUGGGAUUUGCACAGUACAUGCAGAACGCGAGCUGGACUGUCAAAGUUGCCGACACUGAAGCGGACUUGGCCAUUGCGAUCGAUGCGGAGCCAGACGAUAUUGUCAUUUCUAGUGACUCGGAUAUGAUGGCGUACGCCUCCAUCCAAACUCUAUGGCGUCCCGUAUCCGGAGGUCUCAUCCUCGCUUACACCGUUCCAGAUCUUUUAAAAGCUCUUGGUGUCACCCGUUCCCAGUUGACUGCUCUGGCAGUUGUGAGUCGCAACGACUAUAACAGGAACAUUCACUCCCUCGGCCCGGCGACUAAUUUUUCUAUUAUCAAGUCCAUUGACCGUACAGUCUUUGUGGAUCUCCGACAAACCAGACUUGAAAUCGACGGAUCCCGGCCCGGUUCUCAGAUCCUGUUCCAGCAACUACAGGACCGAUUUCAGGAUUUCUGCACGCGAUAUGACCAAUAUAAACAGAGUCAAACGCGGGGAGUUCAGCUUAAGUCCUCCGACGAUACUAUCGCACGAUUGCGAGCUCCGAGCUCUUUUAAUCGGUAUCGGACUGUCGAAUCCCCAGCACCGGUUUCCAAGGACUCUGAAUCCUUUCCUCAGAGGCCACCCACUGCUAGUUUGGAGCCUACUGCUUCGACUUCUUCGGAUCCGCAAGAUCAUAGCCAUCCGCCAUUAACCAGAACACAGAUACCUCGACAUCGUCAACGAUUUUCCUUCAAGGAGCGACGAGGGAACGUGGCUCAUGAUCCCCCACCCAAGGCCAAGCAAUUGGUUUGGAAACCGCCCAAGAAGGCUCCCGAGUCCCCCGACGACACUUCCACCAGCAGCACCAAGAAGGACAGCAAAAAGAAGGAUGCAAAGGCUAAGAAGACUCGGGAAAAGCCGUCAUCCAAUGAAGGAUCGAACUCGCACGCGGAGAAGGGCAAGCAAAGUCUCGUGAGGUCUCUCGGCUGGCACCACCCCAUAUCAUCGCUGGAGGUCGGUACUUUGAAGACCAACAUCGAUAGAGUCUUGACGAAUCGGCCUGAUCUACAGCUCGAGGUGAUCAACUGUAUCAGCGAAGGUUCAGAGCUUGCAGUGGAUAUCAAGAGAAAAGCUCAAGGUCUCAUUGGUGGGUUUCUGGAGAAGUUGCGGAAUCGUAUGAAGGCAGCGGAGGAGUCUAAGCGACAGGAACUGAGGAAAUCAGGCAAGACCAUGUCGGAGUCGGAGCGGCUGGAGGCACGGCGGGAUGCGGUGACGAUGGACGAGCGAGAUACUCUGGAUUAUCUGUGUGAGAGGGUUGAGCCCAAAGUCAACAAGUGUGGUGACGACGACGUCGACGACAGUCAGGAGGAUUCAGGCGACCUGGAUACAGAAGGGAAGGGUAACAAAUACUUCCAAUUCCUUCUGUCUUUCUUGGCCUACUUGUACUCAAGGAACCUUCCAGACAAGAACUCGAAAAUCGGAAAAGUCGUCAACACCUUCAUCAACAUCCUGGUAGGGCUUCAACUCUUCGACAUCUGUAGAAAUCGAAACGAGCUCAACGAAAGAAUGCCGUUCACGGCGAGCUAUCUGGUGCGGUCCGUCGCUGGACAGCUCUCGGUGGAACUGAAGAAGAUGUAUAAAAAUGGCACCCACCUUUUGUAUGAUCAGAGACUGGUCGAGCUGGCCUUCUCGGACGAAGAUAGUACCACCCUCACGUCUACUAAGGAUCUCGAGGACUGGAUCGGAGGGCGAGAGCCUGGGGUUAUCGUCAAGAAGUUCAUCUCCGACAUUGAUCCAGUUGGGCUGUCAAACCGUCAAAAGCGCAAGACUGGUCAUCGCGGGGCCAUCAAGCUGCUCUCCUUGGGUCAGAUUCGGGAUCAUUUGGAGUUGGUUGAAGAGACAAAGCCAAAGGACUAUCAUUAUAGCGGCUACAUCCCUCAAGGAUCGAUACGGACGGACGGUUUCCUGGUCCAGGUUAUGGCCUUCAAGUUGCGUGAACGACAGGACGCUCGAUUCAAAAGACUGGCCGAGGAGGAUAUGCCCUCACGAAUCACUACAACCGUUGCAGGGGUUAACGGUUUCCUUCAGGAAAUUCGGAAUGUGAUCAAGAGCGAGCAGGACAUCAAAGAACUUUGGCCUGGAAAGGACGUGGACAGGAUGAAGAUUCUAACCUUGGAUGGGGGCCAAGCGUGUGUGGUUGGCGCGUUCGCACAUCUACCCAAUGGCUUGGGUGGCAAGGAGAAGGCUGAGGAGGAGUCCAGCAUGGACGAAAUCAUCACCACCAACCAAGAAUCGACCAGCCUCGCCAGCCAAGGGUUAGCGUCCGUGGAUCCAGUGCCCGCGUCAGCCUCCACCAUCACCUCUGCGCAGCCUCCAGUAACGGAUUCGCUCGUGACCAUUUCGAGACCUGCCUACUAUAACUUGGCGGUGAAGCAGAAGGCCGUAUAUCAGCCAACAUUCCGCUUCAGAAGGUGGCUCGAGAACGAGAAGAUAGCUACACUACAAGGCGACGAGGAGAAGUCGAUUACUUACAUCGAAACCCAUAUGCCACCUCUUCGAGGACAAGAUGCGAGCGUUAUUGAGUAUGUGACAGAGCUGGAGCAGGUCGAGCAACGGCUGAAAAAGUUCUAUACUGGAGACGACCAUCGGUAUCAAAGACAUCGUUGGGAUAUGGCACGGGCCCGACAAGCAGAGUAUCAAACGAUCGCGGAGAGACUGCUUGGGAUUGUUGGUGGUAGUCUAGGUCGGCGUGUGGAAGAUAACAAGGACACCGACCCUAUCCUAAUUGGCGUUGGUCUUGGACAGUUCGCAAGCAAGUCUAGGCUCUCGUCCCUACACUCGACCUUCCUAACGUACUUCAUUCAGAAGGCACGCUCGUUGGGCUAUGUGGUUAUUGGCCUGAACGAGUUUUAUACCUCGAAGAAGUGUCCGAGGUGCACUCACUUUGUCGCACAAGUGACCUUACGGACCUUCCACUGCUUCCACUGCCAGAUAUACCACCACAGAGAUGUCAUGGCAGCCGAAAACAUGUCCAAGAUCGCUCUAGGACACCUGGUGAGGCAGGAGAGACCCGAUUACCUCCAGCCUAUCAACGCAGAUGGAACGUACCCUUGGAAGGCUAGGUCUGGCGAGGGAUCCGGUACAAGUUCGAGCAGUAUGGCCACCGGCAGCACCCCCACCGAUCGAGUCCCAGGACGUCGCAAGAGGGCCAUUACCGCUUCCAGUCAGGAUCAGGGCAGGAAAGGCAAAUCGGCCCGAGCUUAG